AUGAAGAUUGAGUCAAUGUCGAUGCAUCUAGAUGAUAAUACAUUUAUUGGAGAUAGAAAGAAUACCGUUACGGUCAGGAUAUCGCGCAAAAUCAAAACGCCAUAUCUUAGCUGUUUCGUGACGCAUUAUGAUUUGCAGUUCCAAGACUUGGAUAGUGGUGGUUGCUUCGUUGCGAGAGAAGUGAUUGAAGAAAAACGCAAAAUCCUCAAAGUCGGUAUGACAUAUCCAGAAGAGACGAGGUAUACCGCUGCACUGCGUGUAUUUGCUCAAUUCACGAAAUGGAUUAAAGCAGAAAGUCUGUGUGUAACUAUGUCUCCUACAAAUGCGGAAGUUGAACGCAUGCGCGACAUCAUUCCGAAAAACCAGAAAUUUUCUUGUAACAUAUUUGGAGUUGAAACGAAAAAUCCAUCGUUAGCCAAAUUAUUUAUGGAACAUCUACAACCUGGUUGUAGUCUGUUGAUGAAUGAAUAUACACAAUUGGAUGGAGAUGAAUCUAUGCUGGAUCACGACUUUUUUGAUACAGAUGUUGUGAGUUUAAUUGUAAAGUUUCUCACUUUGGGACACUGA